AUGACUGUAGCCGGAAGCUCCAAUCACCGUGCUUGGUGGAAAGAGAGCUCGGUCUAUCAGAUCUGGCCCGCUUCGUUCAAGGACUCAAACGAUGAUGGCGUGGGCGAUAUCCCCGGCAUCAUCUCCAAGCUCGAUUACAUCAAAAAUCUGGCUAUAGACAUUGUCUGGCUAUGCCCUUCAUAUAAGUCGCCUCAGGUAGACAUGGGGUACGAUAUUUCCGACUAUUACAGUAUCGCAGAUGAAUACGGUACUGUUGCAGAUGUCGAAAAGUUGAUUGCUGGUUGUCAUGAGCGUGGCAUGAAGCUCUUGAUGGAUCUUGUUGUCAAUCACACCAGCGACCAACACGAAUGGUUCAAGCAAUCCCGAAGCUCCAAAGACAACGAGUACCGGAACUGGUAUGUCUGGAAGCCGGCUAAAUACGAUGAGAAUGGCAAUCGCCAGCCCCCAAAUAACUGGGUUUCUCAUUUCCAGGGUAAUGUCUGGGAGUGGGACGAACAUACCCAAGAGUACUACCUCCACCUCUAUGCAGUUGAACAACCAGACCUUAACUGGGAGCAUCCGCCAGUCCGCAAAGCCGUGCAUGACAUCAUGCGCUUCUGGCUUGACAAAGGCUGUGAUGGCUUCCGCAUGGAUGUGAUCAACUUCAUCAGCAAGGAUCAGCGCUUCCCCGACGCACCGAUCAAAGACCCACGCACACCCUGGCAAUGGGGUGACAAGUGGUAUGCCAACGGUCCACGCUUGCAUGAAUAUCUCCAAGAUCUAGGAAAGAUUCUCAAAGAGUAUGAUGCUUUCAGUGUGGGCGAAAUGCCAUUCGUCAAGGAUGAGAAGGAGGUUCUCAAGGCAGUGCAAUUUGACCGUAACGAGAUCAACAUGAUCUUCAACUUCGAGCACGUCGAUAUUGACCAUGGCACAUACGACAAGUUUGAGCCUGGCAGCUGGGAGCUUACUGAUCUCAAGGACUUCUUCGAGCGUUGGCAGACCUUUAUGUACGCGAAUGAUGGGUGGAAUGCCCUCUACUGGGAGAACCAUGACCAGCCGCGCUCUAUCGAUCGCUACACAGACGCUAGCGAAGAGUAUCGACUCGCCGCAUCCAAGAUGUUGGCUACCGCUCUUGCAUUGCAAGCUGGAACUCCAUUUGUCUACCAGGGACAGGAGAUCGGAACAAGAAAUGUUCCUAAAUCAUGGGGCAUCGAGGAAUACAAGGACAUUGACUGUCUGAACCACUGGCACAGACUCCCUAAGGAUGACCCGAAAGCCCAAGCAAUCGCACUCGGGGAGUACCAAAAGAAAUCUCGUGACAAUGGGCGCACACCAGUGCAGUGGUCAGCUGCUGAGAAUGCAGGAUUCACUGGACCUGGUGUCAAACCCUGGAUGUCCGUGAACACAGACUACCCCAAAGUCAAUGCCGAGGCCGCCGUCAAGGACCCCAACUCGACAUACCAUUACUGGGCUACUGUGUUGAGGCUGCGCAAGAAGUACCUUGACACUUUCGUGUAUGGUGACUUUACUCUUCUGGAUAAGCCAAACCAGGAAGUCUUCGCAUACACUCGUCAGUAUGGAGACCAGAAGAUUCUGGUGGUGUGCCAUUGGACUGAAAAGACCUUGGAAUGGGAUGCUGCGGCUAAUGGCAUCACCGGAGUCAAGGAAGUCUUGCUUAACACAUAUGAGGGCGCCGGUGAAGCUAAACCACGCUUCUCCGAUGCUAAAUGGACCCUCCGGCCCUAUGAGGCUGCGGUGCUGCUCUUAUAG